AUGCAACCUCGCAACGACCACACGUACGACCCUUCCGCCGGGCUCGCGGGCCUGGCCGGGGCCUUCCCCGGCGGUCCACCCGACCUCGACAGCAAGGACUGGGGAGAAGAAGACGACCCUCUCCGCUUCCUUAAAGCCAUGGGCGCCGGGAACCCCGGGGCGCUGCCCCUCCCAGAGGUGAUGGAGGCUCCCAAAGUCCAACGCCUCUGCGCAGAGCGAUCCAAGGCCAUCUUCACCAGCCAAGCCCGCCUUCGCGGGAUCCUAGACCGGCACGAGGCCACGAUCCAGAAGCGCUGGACGAAAAAGACGAAACAGCAGCGUCUCACCAUCUUGAAGGCCGCGUGGGAAAAGUUGCCGACCACGCAUUGA